GAUUGCAGGAGAAUCGGUUUCGGAGACUGUGGGAGCUUACUGUGCGAAAGUUGGGAGCCCCGCUGGACACCAAGAUCUGGAAAUGGACCUCAGUAGCUCACGGCGCUUUGGACCGUGGUGAGACGCCGAUGGACGCUACACCAAUGCAAGCUCGCCCCCAUGGACUGCCGAGACAGCCAAGUGUUCCGCAGAAGCCCGUGAGCCAGAUCGGUAACUUUGAGUGGCCGCUACCAGUCAGAGCAACACUGCGUGGAGCGCAGAACGACCUGUCAAAACUUCGGAGUCUGCAAAAGGAUACAAGCCAGGACUUGACAUGUGCAUUUUAUAUUAUUUUUCUAGCCACGUGGGGAUUGUCACAGCCGUUUCCUGGUUGCGCUCAACCACAUUGUGCAUGUGCCCCCCCUCCCCAGUUCCCUGCUAAACUCCUCGUAUAAAUAGUGAAACCGAAGAUCUACUCCAGCGUCAGUCAGUCAGUCCGUGUCGAGGAGAGGGCCGCGGUUAUUAGUUGGAGAAUCCGCCGGCUGACUGCAGUAUAACCAUGCCCAGUUUGCCUCCCUGGCUCUCUGUUACCCAACAGUCAGAGCAGAUUGCCGGAGUCCUUCCAGUGGAAACGCUGCUGCUUCAGGCGACUCGCGGAUAAAACUUCCAGCUCUCCGGAGAGUGGCCCCUGAAGGACACCAGACUCGGUGCGGUUCGGACGACAAGCACCGGGAACGCCACUGUGACUUCUCAGUACUGUCAAGCACCUCCAGCCCCCACACACUCCGGUCCUCCCUUUCACGUUGAUCCGCAAAGAGCAGGAGGGAAGAAAGAUCGAGGAUUAAAAUUAUUAUUGCACCGCUCGCCAGGCGGCUUCCUGCUGCAUCCCAGGACAAAAAUGCUUAUUCUGGAGAUCUCUCUCUUUCUAAUUUACAUUGCCUUCUUGCAAAGGGACUCCGCAUUUGAAUCCAGCCAAGACUAUUACGAUGAUUAUCAGGACCCGGUGGACAUGAAGGGUCAUAUGAGCAGUGAGCUGGAGCAGCAGUUACGUUCCGUAUCCAGUGUGGAUGAACUCAUGAUGAUAUUUUACCCUGAGCACUGGAAAAUGCUGAAAUGCCAGUCAAUGAGAGGGUGGCCACAAUACGGGGAGUCUGGUCUCGGCACAGUAGCAGAGGAGCCUGUGUCAUUUGCAGCAACUUUUUACAACCCUGAGAUUCUAAAAAGUAUUGAUUUUGAGUGGAAAAAGACUCAGUGCAUGCCCAGGGAGGUGUCCUUGGACGUGGGGAAAGAAUUUGGGUCAGCAACAAACACCAUCUUUAAACCGUCCUGCGUGUCUGUCUACAGAUGUGGUGGCUGCUGCAAUAGCGAGGGAAUAACAUGUAUGAACACCAGCACUUCGUAUGUCAGCAAGACUCUUUUCGAGAUCACUGUACCAAUAUCCCAGGUACCAAAACCCAUAACAAUCAGCGUCGCAAAUCACACGGCUUGCCGAUGUAUGUCAAAGUUGGAUUUCUUCAGGCAGGUCCACUCCAUUAUCAGACGCUCCAUAUCUACAUCCCAGUCAGAUUGUUUGAUGCCAAACAAAACUUGUCCCAAGAACCACAUCUGGAAUAGUUUUUUAUGCAGAUGUGUGAUGCAGUACGAUCUCAGCAGAUUAUUGUCUUCAAAAGAUGAAUCAGAGGAUUACCUUGGCUUCCAGAGUGUCUGUGGGCCCAACAAAGAGUUGGAUGAGGAUACCUGUCAAUGUGUGUGCAAAGGAGGCCUGCGUCACACCAGCUGCGGACAGCACCGGGAGCUGGAUGAGGAUACCUGUCAGUGCGUGUGCAGAAACGGACUCUAUCCUGCUAUAUGUGGUCCCCACAAGCAGUUUGAUGCAGAUUCCUGCGAGUGUGCCUGUAAGAAAACCUGCCCGAAACAUCAGCCCUUGAACCCGGUGAAGUGUGUCUGCGAGUGCACGGAGUCUCCAAACAAGUGCUUUUUGAAAGGAAAGAGGUUUCAUCGUAACACCUGCAGCUGCUACAGGCCGCCGUGCCGGGUCCGAAGGAGGAGCUGUAAACAGGGACUUUACUUCAGCGAGGAGAUUUGUAACUGUGUCCCCACAUACUGGAGAAGGCCGUACAGUGACCAUUAUUGACGGCCAGGGUCACUUGGCGACCAAGGAGACACUUGUUAAGACUUUCACAUGGAUGCUACUACCGAAAGGAAGAACACUGUAUAGAAGAAACACAUAGUAUUUGCAUCUCUGACUCAGCAGUGCACCAGAGUCACAGGAGGGCCCAACGCUACCCCGACGCCGCAUGUUCCGGCAGAAGCGCAAACAUAAAAUGUAGAAACUCUGCUGGAGUCUAUGAAAAGAACUCAACCAGGCUUCGUAUGACAUGUUGAUGGCCAAAAGGUCUAGAUCUUUCCAAGCUAAUUUUUUUUUAAAAGAUAAUGAAUCUAUAUCUAAUUUAUUGCCACAAAAAUAUUGUGCGACAUUCCUGUUCGUAGCAGUUAACAACUGUAAGAGCUCACUGUGAUCUGUAUUUUUAUAUCAUGUAAAAUAUCUUUAAAAUAAAAGGCAAAAGUGUAUUAUAUGUCAUGAAUCCAUCCUAGAAAUAGACCAGGCAUCUCUGACUUCAGUGAAAAUCCUGUAAAAGGGAUUCAAAAACAACAGGGAAGUAUUCAGUUUCAAGAAAUAACUGGUCAUUAUAUAAUGUGUAACACAUGGCGUUUCCAUUAGUAACCAUCUUGACAACGUUCACCUGAGCAGUGGGCCUCACCUGAUGCUGUCAUAUAAGCAAAAAUUCAUCAGGUCAGGCAGCAUCUGUGGAGAAAUAGAAAAUUUAAACAUUUCAAAUUCAUUAACAUUUUACACAUCAUACCCCAUAGAUAGUUUGCUGUUGAAUUACAUGUGGCAGUCUGGUGUAAUUUUCAAGUUCUGAGCCCAUUAGGAAGGAAUCAAGAGCUCCAAGAUCACUGCAAGGUUGACGGUUUCGGUUCAAGGCUUAAUCGUAGGGUCAUAGAUAGAGUCGUAGAGCUAUACUGGCCCUUUGGCCCAUCUUGUCAAUGCUGACCAAAUUACCUCACCCCAUUUGCCUGCAUUUGGCCGUCAGCCCUCUAAGCUUCCUAAAUUUCUAUCACAUCUCCCCUUUUUAUCCAGAGAGAAAAACAGCCACAACUUAUUCAACCUCUCCUCAUGCCACAUAUUUACCAAACCAGUCAGCAUAGGAUCUCACCAAAGCUUUCAUAUCCUUCCUAUAAUGAGGUGACCAAGUUGAAUAUAAUAUUCAAAUAUUGUCUGACCAGUGUUUUAUAAAGCUGUAACAUAAUUUUCUGGGUCUUGAACUCAGUGCUACAACUAAUAAAGGCAAGUUUACCAUACACAUUCUUGGCCAGCAAUUCAAUCUGUGCAGGCACUUUCAUCAAGCCUCAUUCCUGGACCCAAAUAACCUUCUGUUCAGCAGUGCCAUUAACUGUGUACUUACCCUUCAUAUUGAAUCUCCCAAAGCGCAGCACCUCACAUUUGUCUGGAUUAAAUCCACCUGCAAUGUCUCUUCUCACAUAUGUAUCCUGUUGUAUCCCUUGGCAAUCUUUUAUGGAAUCCUGCAAUACUUUUGGUUGGCCCUAAAGCCGGAAAAGAUAAGCUCCUUGACAAACUUGGGAACUUUGCUCCUCCCUGGCUGUUAUCUUUGAUUCAGAAUUCAGUUUAAAAUCCUACGUAAAUAGUGACCAGAGCAGCAUUCUAUACUUAAAGAAAUAUUGCAGGUACGUUCAGUUCUGCCAUCAUUCUGUGACGAUGAUGAAAAACUAAUUCACACCUUUAUGUCGAAUAGACUUGGUAACAUGAUGCACUCUUUUACUGGCCUUCCAAAGCAAUCUAUUGACAAACUUCAACUCAUUCAGAACACUGUUGCUAGACUUUUAACUGAAACCAAGAUGAGGGAGCAUAUCACUCCCAUCCUAGCUACUCUGCAGUGGCUUCCUGUAUCUUGUUAGAAUUCAUUUUAAAGGUCUUUUAUUUGUUUUUUAAAGCUCUCAAUAGUCUGGGACUGGAGCGCCAGAUUCACUUUCAUUUUAAAAUCCUGCUCGAGCUCUCAGGUCUUCUUAAAUUUGAACAUCCCCCCUCAAAAGGUAAUUGGCAGGUUAACAUUUUUUGAACUAUGCUCCUAAACUGUGGAAUUCAAUACCUAAAACUAUAAGGGAUGCAGUCUCAUUUUACACUUCUAAACACCAGCUCAAAACUUGUUUGUAACUAACAUCUUUUUGUCUUUAUUUUCAUCUUUGCACUUUAUCCUAUUGUAAAGCACAUUGAAGUACAUUGUUUCUAAAUGGAGAGAAAAUACAAAAAAUCUGAAGCACAAAGGGAAUUGGGAGUCCUUGUGCAGGAUUCCCUAAAGGUUAAUUUACAGGUUGAAUCUGUGGUGGGGAAGGAAAAUACAAUGUUAGCAUUCAUUCCAGGAGAACAACAACAUAAAAGCAGGGAUGUAAUGCUGAGACUUUAUAAAGCACUGAUGAGGCCUCACUUGGAGUAUUGUGAGCAGUUUUGGGCCCCUUACCUUAGAAAGUUUGUGCUGAAACUGCAAAGGGUUCAAAGGAGGUUCACGAAAAUGAUUCCAAGAUUGAGUGGCUUGCGAUAUGAAGAGCAUUUGAUGGCUCUGUGCCCGUAUUCACCGGAAUUCAGAAGAAUGAGUGGUGACCUUAUAUAAACCUAUCGAAUGGUGAAAGACCUUGAUAGAGUGGAUGUGGAAAGGAUGUUUCCUAUGAUGGGAGAGCCUCAGAAAUGGGGGACGUCCCAUUAGAAAAGAGAUGAGGAGGAAUUUCUUUAGCCAGAGAGUGGCGAAUCUGUGGAAUUCUUUGCCACAGGCAGCUGUGGAGGCCUAGUCUUUAAGUAUAUUUAAGGCAGAGGUUGAUAGAUCCUUGAUUGGUCAGGGCUUGAAUGGAUAUGGGGAAAAAGCAGGAGACUGGGGCUAAGAGCAAAAUUGAAUCAGCCAUGAUGAAAUGGCAGAGCAGACUCAAUGGGUCAGACGGCUUAAUUCUGCUCCUAUGUCUUAUGUUCUUAUGUAAGAAAAGUACUCUAUAAAUAAGUUAUUAUUAUUAAUAAUAAUCCUCAAUGCCACAAAUGUUUGUGUCAUCUAUAAACUUAUCCACCCUA